UACUGCAAAGUGUCGACUUUUCAUCUGUCGUUAAAAUGAAAUUCCUUGAACUCAUCCAAAGCUGACUCAUUAGGUCUGGAACGAGUAAAUUUAUCCUCGUAAGAGUAAAUCUAUGAGCUAAGAAGUACAUCUUCAGGAAAAAAUGUGUCAUUGUUUCUUUAUCUCUCUCACAUUCGCACUCUUCGUGUAUGUUGUUAAAUGUUUUUUGUUCUUCUCGCCUUCUUCGUUAUCUUUUUGAUACUCAUUCUACUUGUAAAACAAAUGGAUGCACCUUUACACAUAAAGUCGCCGUUGAUCAAAAGUUUUCCUUUGUCUAAAAUAGCUGGUAGACCAGUUUAUCUCAAGCUUGACAAUGUUCAGCCAUCUGGUAAAAAAUUCAGCGUCUGUUCAACUUCAUACCUUUACUCUUUUUUUGAUGUAGGUAGUUUUAAAAUUCGUGGAGUCGGUCAUCUAUGUAUGAAACUGAAACAACGAGAACAACAGUGUCAACGUGUCAUCUGUUCCAGUGGCGGUAAUGCUGGCUUAGCGUGUGCGUAUGCUUGUUUGAAAUUACAUUUAAAGUCGAUUGUUGUCACACCCAUCACGACAUCCAACCGUAUAAGAACACUGAUAUCUGAAUAUGGUUCAGAAGUGAUCACGCAAGGUGGCGUGUGGAAUGAAGCAGAUGAAUUUGCUCGUAGGUUAGUGGAAAAAGAUGAAGGCAGUAGUGUGUAUUUACCACCGUUUGACCACGAAGAUAUUUGGAUCGGAGUUUCCAGUAUUAUCGAUGAACUUGUUGAGCAACUACCAACGGAUAUGAAGCCUUAUGCAAUUGUUCAAAGUGUAGGUGGCGGUGGCCUGCUAAAUGGCAUCCUGUAUGGAUUGAAAAACUACAGUGAAUGGUCUGAUGUGAAUGUGAUUGCAAUGGAGACGGAAGGAGCAGAUUGUUUUUCACAAGCAUUGAAAGCAAAACAAUUGGUUACAUUACCAGCAAUAACAAGCAUGGCCAAAUCCUUAGGUGCAUUGACCGUUUCAUCGAAAUCUUAUGAAUUGAGUCAUCUCUUUAAUUUACAUUCAUAUGUCUUGCCGGAUGCUCAAGCUGUUCAAGCGUGUAAACAAUUCUUGGAUGACCAUCGUAUGCUUGUCGAACUGGCAUCUGGUGUAUCAUUAGCAUUUAUCUAUUCAAAUUUAUUCAAUGAGGAAAAAAAACAAAUCAAGCUACCUUCAAAUUGUACGGAUGAAAGUCCAAUUAUCAUUAUCGUGUGUGGUGGUAGUGGAAUAACAAUGGAAAGUUUAACACAAUUAUGUGAACAAUUCAAUUUAAAUUAA